AUGAGCACAGUGCCCUUUAAUGAUGUGUCCCCUGGAAGCAUGCACACACUGGUCUCCAGGCACCUACUGCUCAACUCAGACCCUGCUACCUCUAAGAGGGUGUGCUUUUACAAGAGUGGGGACCCCCAGUUCACUGGACACCGAAUGGUCAUAAACAGCCGCACUUUUAAAACCUUUGAUGCCCUUCUAGACGCCCUCUCCAAAAAAGUGCCUCUGUCAUUUGGGGUUAGAACCAUCACUACUCCCAAAGGGAUACAUGCUGUCCGUACCCUUGAUGAUCUGCAGGAUGGGGCCUCCUAUCUGUGCUCAGAUCUUAGGAAAGUCAAGCCUUUUAACCUGGACGAGGUUCACAAAACACAGGUCCCUUGGAACAGUACCAGACCUGUUAUUUCAGGACAUCAAGCACGCAGAGCUCUGGUACGGCAGCUAGUGAAGCGAGGGGAAGGGACCACAAGGGCGGUAAAGAUGCCUGAAAACAGUGUGGUUGUGAGGACACCAAAAAGGCUGACGGUAUAUAAAAACAAGGAUCCAAGCAUUAGAAGGGUAAUUGUUCUUCAGAGGAGAACAGCCCCAAAUUUUGAAGCCCUGAUGGAUUAUCUUUCAAAAGUGAUGCAGUUCCCUGUUCUGAAGCUUUACACAGAAGAUGGCAGAAAAGUUGAUGGACUUCCUGCUCUCAUUUUGUGCUCUGGGAUUGUCGUGGCAGCUGGUAAUGAACCCUUUAGAAUGGGUACCCACAAUCUCCAAUCUCCCACUAAAACCAUACGGUCCAACAUAUCUGAAUACCUGGGUCCAACACAAGCAAAGAUACUUUUAGAAGAAAAAAACAAACCAUCUGCGCCUAUUUCAAGAUCAAGGAAUUUCUCUUUAUCCUCAGAGCGCUACCUCGUGGAGCAGAUCAAUAAGUCACUAAAUGGAAGUCUGUCAGAGCACAAUUGUCAAAAGACAGAAUCAAUGAAGACCGAAGACAGUCAGCCAAAAGGACAAGAAGAGAACUGUGACUCUAUGGCUAGUGUGGAAAAGAGAAAUCACCCCAUCAUGCCUACAGAAGACGACAUUGAGAAAUCAUUCCGGGUCAAUGAGGACGGCAGUAUGACAGUGGAGAUGAAGGUGCAUCUUACUAUAAAACAAGAAGAAAUGGUCCAUUGGACAACGACACUAAGCCGUUCCACUGUUAACAACCAGCAGAGGGCAGUGGGCACUUCCAAGCCGGGAUCAGGCGUGAACUCAUUAGACAUCGCCAAUGACUCAGGCAAAGAGUCGAAUGGGCCUCAUAGCCUAGAAUGUAAGGAAAUGAACACCCCCAGUGACAAAUCCGUAGGGUUCAUUGAGGAGGAACGAGAAAUUUUCGACAAGGCUGUUUCUCAGACGUCUGAAAAGCUUAAACCAACUUACAGAAGGCUUCCCACUCCAGGUCACAGACAACAGAGGAAAAAGACAUCAAUUUCAGAGACUGAAGUACAGGAGAGUACAGUGGGUGCAUACUCGUACAUGGAGCGCACCGCACAUCGAAAAUUGACAGAAGGGUACUGUGUGGUGAGUCGUAGCAGCAGCACCAGGGAUUUGUCAAAACCCAGGAAUAGGGAGUCAGGAGAUAUCGAGCAGAAGUCGUCUCACUCCUUCAGAUCCUCAGGUGUGGCCGAGGUUCUUCAGCUAAAACACAACGUUACAAUGGGAAUUACAGAGGCCGUGCAGCACAUAUAUGAGUCGCAGGGCACGUGUGACAAUUACUAUGCAAAUACACAAGUUGAUGUGGAAAAUAAACCUGAAUACUGUACAAAAGCUUUGUCACGCAGCGGGCCAAGCUCGACAGACUCAGGACCCCGGUCGUCCAGUAAUGACUGCGAUGUGGAUCUCACCAGCCAAUCCACAAGCUCCAAGUCUGGAGACGGUGGAAGAAAUGACAUGCUGUCAUUGUCAUCUGCUUCUUCAACACCUACAAAAAUGAUAAGCAACAAUCCCCAAAUCCUCAGUGACAACGCUCAACUGGCUUCAGGAGAGUGCAGGUCCACUGAAUCUACAGAAAAUAGAAUGUUGCAGCCAAUAGAUGAAGACUAUAAUGAUAUGAGGAUUAUUGGUAAUAAAAAUAAAAAUACUCCAAUGUCAAAAAAGUCAAAGCAGAGCACUUCUGAAUCAUCUGGGCUUGGGAAAAGAAUCAAGGGCAUUCCAAGUUCUUCAAAAGGUCUCCAAAUGACAUAUACUUCUGACACAUUGAGCCACACAGAAUCAGAGAAAAAGACACAAGGUUCAGCAGAAAGGGCUAAACACAACAAUGGAAGAGAUCAAAAUAAAAAGACCAAGACGUUCGAAGGUACACCAAAAAUUAGAAGUUUGAAUCUCAAAAGAAGGUCAGAAAAAGAACUAAAAUCAAAAACAAUCAAAGACAUCUCUCAUAAAGUAAACACCAAUGAUUGUGUCUCUCUAGCGCCCACUUUAAAAUCAAAUGUCUUGGACAACAGAUCAGCAGCCCAUCCAGCACCAUUAAAAAAGAUGCUGCCAAAGCAGCGGUCAAUGAAUGGCACGAAAUCAAAAGCCUCCACACAAAAACAGAAGUUGAGUGAGAGUGUGUCAUUGCCUGUGCUACAGUCAUCUCCCUCCAAUGUGAAUCAAUACGUUGAAAAUUGGCUGCAGAAAAUUCAACCAGACUCCAUGCCCUAUGAUGACGACAUAGAGCAGGUGGAGAGCGUACCAAGGGCGGUUUUCGAGAUCGGCAGCGAAUCUGGAGACAGCUCUGAGAUUAAAAGCGAACCUAAAAAAGAUAGCAUAGUGGAUGAAGAGCCUUCACUUGAACAUAAUGCUGUAGAGAGGCCUUCACUUGAACAUGAUGCUGUGGAGAGGCCUGCACCUGUACAAAUAAGAUGUGAAGGAGAGCCACUCGAGGCCCAAAGACUGAGAGGCUUUUGUAAAUCUAUGCCAAGUGUGAGAGUACUUCCUGCUGAAAAGGAAAACCAUGUGAGAAUGCACAAGUCGUCUGAGAACUUGGCUCCGCCUGACCCUUGCACUGGGGCUAGGAUGUCACAAAGCACAGAUGUUAAUACUGGGUCAGGUGUGAAACCAGUUUUGAAACAGUUAUGUUUGUCAAUUCAGUCCAUCAGACGGGCUUCGAGUCAAACCCACUUGGCACCCACUGUGAUGGAAAAGUCCAGUAGCCUCCCAGACUUUUCAUCUCAGGUGGCCUCUGCUUUUGGUUCUCCAACUAGAGCUUUUCUUUCCUUUUUGUCUCUGAUGACACUAAGAGAUGGAAAAUCCAUCCUUAGCAAAGACGAACCACAAGCCAGCUCCUCGGAGGCCAUACAGUUGAUGCAGUCCUUAGAAAAAAUAUCUAAUAUUAAUGACGAGGAAGAGCUUAAGGCAAGUUUGACAAGUCUUCAAAGUUCAACCUCCUCACGAUUAAAACAGAGCUGGAGAGAUUUCCAGGAGAGAAAUUUGUUUGGAGAGAGUCCACCGCUGUCACCGAGACAAUCUGAGCAAGAGUUUGCGCUAGAUGUGGAAUCAGGAGAAGAGGGGGAGGAACAGUACGAAGAGCAUGAUUUUGAUAUAGAGCAGUUAAUGGACGAACUGAACAUGUCUGGUGAUCUUCGCCAAGAGAUUUCCUCUCUUAUUGAAGGAGAUCUUAAAAGUCAAACAAAUUUGAACAAUGGUGAAAAUGAUGAAAAUGAGGAUGGCUCAGUGAAUGGUAGUUUGGGGAAAGCUGCGGAUAUGGAAAUGGAAAAAGACUAUUGUGAGGAGAAUGUUGGCAUAGAGAAUGACACAACCAAAGAUGAAAUAACUGAUGAUCCAAAAGAAACUGCAGAUAACAACCAGAUAAACACAGAGACAGAAAUGGUAAUUUAUGGAGACUCUGAGAGUAGAGAUGUAGAAAAAAGCCAUUUCCAGACAUCUCAACAAAAUUUCUCAGAUAUUGCUAGAGAAGACCUUUCUGAUAAACAUAACAACAUGUCUCAAGAUGAAAACAAUAUUACAGCAGACAUUAAAGAUGGAGGCGGCAACAAAGAGGAGGAAGCUAACAUUCUGCCAGAUGACAAUAUGGAUGACAUAUCAAAACAAAAGGUAACAGAUUUAGCAGGAGAUGACCAGUUCUCUGUUGACCAGGGCAUCUUGUCUGAAAGAGAUAACAACAUGAAACCAUAUAAUCGAGAAGUAAGUGAGCCUAACGAAGAGCAGGACACCACUCAGAGUAUCAAGGAACAUUCUGAACAGUCAGAUGUCUCAGAACCUGAUGUUGCAGAUGUCACAUCAGAACAAAAGGUCACAGAUUUAACUGGAGAGGAACAGUUUGAUUUCUCUGAUGACCAGGACAUUGUAUCUGAAAGAGAGAAUAACACGACACCAGAUGAUCUAGAAGAAAGGGAUGCAAAUGAAGAGCAGGACACCAUUCAGGGCAUCAAGGAGUAUUCUGAACAUUCAGAUGUUUCAGAACCUGACAUUACAGAUGGCACAUCAGAACAAAAGGUCACAGACUCUUCUAGAAACAAACAGCUUGAGUUGUCUGAUGGCCAGGAAAAUGUGUGUGAAGGUGAUAACACAGCAACACCAGACGAUACGGAAGAAAGAGACAACCUUCAGAACUCGAGGGAACAUAGCGAGCAGUCAGAUGUUUCAGAACCAGACGAUCUAUGUUUAGCAUCAGUAACCAAGUGUGUGGAGUUUCCAGAUAAAGAAAGUGAACUUAAUGAGGACAAUGAAUUCAGUACAAGUGAAAUACGAGUGCAGGACUGUUUUAGAGAGGAAACAGAUCAUUCUGAUUUUGAGGAAGGUGGUGGUGAUGAUGAAGAAGGGAUGCAGGAAGAAGAAGAAAACAAGUCCAUCUUAGCAGAAUGUGAUAUAGAGUCACAAAACUCCCAACAAUCUUCAUCACAUCAUUGUGAUGCCCAGAGUAAACACUCAGUGGAUGUAUGCGAAUCAGGUAGCCAAGACGAUGAGGUCAUGUCUCCAGAUGCUAAACAUGCUAUGCCAGAGAUGUCAGAAAUUUUGUGGGAGGGAGGAAAGGUGAUAAUGAGGCUUUAUGAGGAAGACAGCCACACAGACAAAAAUGAAACUCCUGCUGAGCUCUGCGAUCAGGAGUACCAUAUGCCUGAUUUCCCACAACACUCUUUUAUUUUUAAAGAUGAUAUGAAUAACUUUGCUGAAAGAAAGUCAUGCAGCAGUAUGAAAACAAAUUCAAGUGAAGAAAAGUUCGAAAAUUUGGGGAUGGAACAUGGGUAUCAUUAUUUACUACGUCCGACAGAGAUCUCACAAGAGCUGAUAGACUUAAUAAACUCGGCCUUGUUGUCUUCCACGCUUACCGUCAAAUAUGAUUCAAAUGGCAACCUCAAAAUAGAGCCAGACAAACGCAAAAUUAGGGAGAUGUUCAGACCUCAACAUAGUUCAGAUGACCAGUAUGGCAAAAAAAACCUUCCAAGCCCUUACACAUCUGAUCUGUCGGAUUACAGACCUGAGACAUCAAACAACAGUGGACUCCAGUCGCAGGCCUCGAUGGAGCUGUUAACCGAGAGCGAUGAUGAAGAAAAAAGAUUACGAAUCUUUAAAGAAGUCUUGAAACAAAGCUCUGAGAACCCACAAAACCACAUGAUGGACAGUAGCUCUGUGAAAUCUUCUCCCAUUUCAAGUUUGAACAGCAAUAACAGUCUAAACUUUAUUCAAGAUAACAAAAGUGUUUUACCCGAACCACAGUACAACAGACAAACUUCACACCGCAGAAACUCUGCACAGUGCGUGACCAUAAGCGGAGACGUGGACUCUGAAGAGGGCGUGUUGAUUGACAAAGGCAGGUGGCUCCUGAAAGAAAACCAUCUCAUUCGUAAAUCUCCUCCAAUGCCCAUGGGAAUGUAUGGAAAUGGGGAAACCACGUCGACCGACACGGGUUUGGACAACGUAAGCGAAGACGCACCAUAUCCACAUUAUGAGAACCAAGCACCCCUCGCUGUAAUAUCCUCCUCUGAGCUAGAAGAUCUGGCUAAACCUUGUACACCCAAGUGUAUGUACUUCAAUGUUCCACACAGCAGUGGCUCGGAUCUUCUAUCGGAUGCCCAAAGCCUGGGUGGAGGAAGUUCAAGGAGGAACAAGGAGCUUAAGGUGUCACCAAUGGGAGAGUCUUCCAAAAUGUGGGCAAAGAAAAAUGGAAGUCUGUCUUCAUUUGCCUCUGUCGAGUUCAAACUUCCUGAUGGGAAAGUUCAUCCACAAAAUGGGCCGGUGUCUGGUGCUGUGAAUACUAAAACAUCUCACAGCAUAGACAGUAGAACAAUGCAAGAGGAGGAGACCAGGGUGGGCUUAAAUCUCAGGUGUGGGCAACACUGCCCAAUACUGUAG